GCGGAGCCGGUCUGUCUCUGAGACAUAUUUCGAGUCGCGUGUGAAGCUUCCCUUCCGCGUUUCCUGUCGGGGACGGUUAUCGAGCUGAGCUGCUUCUGAGACACCACCGGAGAACCAUGCAGGCGAACAAGGACAGCGACGGCGGGUGGAGGACAUUCGUGUGGAAUUCAGAGAAGAAGGAGUUUCUCGGGCGGACGGGGAGCAGUUGGCUGAAGAUCUUCCUCUUCUACGUGAUCUUCUACGGAUGCUUGGCGGGGAUCUUUAUCGGGACCAUCCAGGCUCUGCUGCUCACGCUCAGCAACUACAAGCCCACCUACCAGGACCGGGUGGCCCCCCCAGGCCUGUCCCACACGCCUCGCUCUGAGAAAUCUGAAAUCGCGUUCAGUCUGUCCGACGCCUCCUCGUACAAAAAGUACACUGACGCCAUGACCAAGUUCCUGAAGAAGUACGAUGACGAUAAACAGACCGACCAGAUGAAAUUUGAAGACUGUGGAGGUAACGUCCCCGAGAACUAUAAGGACCGCGGCGCCCCUGAGGACAACAACCCCGGCCAGAGAAUUGGCUGGCGCCUCAAGCGCUCCCUGGUCGGGGUGUGGCCCCGACUGGAACCGCAGUAAGGCUUCCACACCCGGGAAGCGUGGCUCAUCGUCAAGCUCAACAGGAUCGUCAACUUCAGCGAAGCAGCACCUCCAAUGAACAACUCUGUCGAAGAGUUUCUGCUGCCAAAACUGAAGCCCAACCUGAUCCCCAUCUUCUGCAAGAACAAGAGAGAGGAGGACGCUGACAAGAUCGGAGAGAUCAAGUUCUUUGGGCUGGGCGAGGGCUUCCCGCUGCAGUACUACCCGUACUACGGCAAGCUGCUGCACCCCCAGUACCUGCAGCCUCUGGUGGCCAUCCAGUUCAACAACCUGACCCUGAACGAGGAGCUCCGCAUCGAGUGCAAAGUGUUCGGCGAAAACAUCGGCUACAGCGAGAAGGACCGCUAUCAGGGACGCUUUGACGUCAAGUUCAACAUCGCCUCGUGACCUCAGCCGCGGCCAGCGUCUCUCACUUUGACACCGACACAAUGUAGAGAGAAUAAAAGAGUUGAGAUAAACACCACUAGUCUUUGAACAUUCAUGAUAUACAGGACCUACACUUAAUCUGUGUGCUUUACACUAGCUUGUGUGUGUGUGUGUGUGUGUGUGUGCGCGCGCGUGUGUGUGUCCAGGGUUAGAAUGUAAAAAUACAAGAGUAGCAAUAGCAAAUAUUUAUUCUAUUGUACAUGAGAAUAUUCCUCGAGCCAUGUGUUCAUCUAUUACUGUAACUCCACUACUGACGUGUAGCUCUUCCUGUCCUCAGUGUUUCAUCCUUACGGUGUUCUCAGUGUGCUGUAGUCCUGUUGUGAUCUGUCUUACGUCCGCUUCAGUGGUCCAAGGUGUGUGCGUGUUGAUGUGCUCUAACUGAAUACUAGCAUGGUACUCUGAACCUCCACGGUGAGUAGACGACCGACUCCAUGGAACCGUUCUUUAUCCGUUUUGAUGACGUUUCUGUUCAAAGCUCUUCAGUUUGUUUCUUUUUAACUGGUAGUGUAGAACUUUGUGGCUCAUCUCCAUGGAAACUAAAUUUGUUUUUGUUUUUUUCCUGGAGACGUCACAUGAUUACUAUUGAAUGUUUUAACCAUUUUCAUGGUGGAAGAAUUUUAUAUUUAUGCAGUUGUACAUUUUUUUCAAAGUGUAAUGUAUGAAUCAGAAACCAAAGUCGCUGGUCAAAAAAAAAGACGAAAAAAAGUGAACAUCAGACGCAGUUUCCCGUGUAAUGACGUGUUUAGUCGGUGUGUUAAAUGUUAAAGAUCAAAACACUUUAUUUAAUCUGCAUAAGGCUGAAACAAUAAACAAACAUGAGUUCAA